GGGUCCGAAGGGCGCCUGCGCUUUCAAGGCGGGCGGCGACGGAGGCGGCCUUUUGUCUGGCGCCUUCUUCUUCCUCUCUGGGCGCAACUUUGUCCGACAGAGGGAGCGAGAGGGAGGCCCGGCUCUUCGGCUGGAGCCCUUGGAAGCCUUUCGCCUGGACGCUGCUUCCCUUCUUGCCUUCCUCAGCCCUUGAAGGGGAGCCAACUCGGAGGCCAGGGAGGCGGGCAGCGGCGGGAGCAGGCUCCCCUCGAGAAGGCUCUUUGCAAUGCUCCCCCGGCUCCCUGGCCAAAAGAGGGCCAAGAGUCGGUAGCCGAACCUCCCCCAGCGAUGGCCUUUCUCCAGGGAAGGACAGCCGAUGAUGAUGAUGGCCAGAGAAGAAGCGGCGGGGAGUGGGACAGGAGAGAAGCCUUCCUCUUCCAAGUUGCCCGCUGUUCCCUCGCCUUGUCCCGGGAGAGGAGCCUUUCCUAGCCCUGACUUGGCUUUCUUUUGAUUGAGUUGCUUUGGAGAGAAUCCGGGAGGCCUUGGGUGCCCUCCCUCCUUCGCCGUUGAUUCCCUUUCUUUCCUGACAAGCCUCUUAUCGGGCUUCAGCCUGGAGAACCUGGAGAAGCAAGAGAUGGAGACGGUGGGGAGAUUUGAGUUCAGCAGGAAAGAUUUGGUCGGGCAUGGAGCCUUUGCUGUCGUCUUCAAAGGCAGGCACAAAGAGAAGCCUGAAGUGGAGGUAGCAAUAAAAUGCAUCAACAAGAAAAACCUGGCAAAAUCCCAGACUCUUUUGGGAAAAGAAAUCAAGAUACUCAAGGAGCUGAAACAUGAAAACAUAGUUGCCUUGUAUGACUUCCAGGAACUGGCCAACUCUGUUUACUUGGUGAUGGAGUACUGCAAUGGUGGGGAUCUGGCAGAUUACUUGCACAGUAUGAGGACACUUAGUGAAGAUACAAUCCGGCUUUUUCUUCAGCAAAUUGCUGGUGCCAUGAAGGUUCUGCACAGCAAAGGGAUAAUCCAUCGGGAUCUGAAGCCUCAAAAUAUUCUCCUUUCUUAUGCAGGGGGCAAGAAAUCAAACCCUAACAACAUUCGCAUAAAGAUUGCUGAUUUUGGAUUUGCACGAUACUUACAGAACAAUAUGAUGGCAGCAACUCUCUGCGGCUCCCCUAUGUACAUGGCUCCAGAAGUUAUUAUGUCCCAACAUUAUGAUGCCAAAGCUGACCUGUGGAGUAUUGGAACCAUCAUUUAUCAGUGUCUGACUGGAAAAGCACCCUUCCAGGCAAGCAGUCCUCAAGAUCUUCGGCUGUUCUAUGAGAAAAACAAGGUGCUCACACCCAACAUCCCAAGAGAGACAUCAUCCCACUUGAGGCAACUGCUGCUGGGACUCUUGCGACGAAACUACAAGGACCGGAUGGACUUUGAUGAAUUUUUCCAUCACCCUUUCUUAGAUGCAAGUGCCUCUAUGAAAAAAUCUGCUUUUGUGCCAAUGCCUUCUUAUCCAAGCUCUGGAUCUGGGAGUUCAUCCAGCAGUUCUUCGACAUCCCACCUUGCAUCUCCUCCUCAGUCACUUGGAGAGAUGCCACAUCAUGAGAAGACUUUAGUCUCACCUAUCCAGGGUUCACCUGACUUCCUUCAUGGCUCAAAGGAGUCUGCUGGCAGCAGCAGCAAGAAUUCCUCCUGUGACACUGAUGACUUUGUCAUGGUGCCAGCCCAAUAUUCAAGUGAUAUAGCUGUGGAGACUGUAGGAGGAAAGCCAGUUCAAGACAGCCUGAUGUGUAGUGGAAGCUCUUUGGUGACUUCAGCCUGCUUGGAAAGUCAAGGAAGAAUGUCAUCUCCCUCACCUCCUUAUAGCAGUUCUCCUAGCCCAUCUCGUAGGCCAAGCCAUUUUUCGUCAAGUAGCAAAUAUGGACAGUCUGUUCCCAUCCCAGUUCCUACUCAGAUCCACAACUACCAGCGAAUUGAGCAGAACCUUCAGUCUCCUAAUCAAUAUACUUCACCACAGUCUGUUACAGUCAGAAGAUCAAGCAACACAAGCCCACAUGGCUUCAUGAAGGCUAGCCCUUCUCCUCCAUUUGCUUAUGGAGAGCAUGGAGCUGUGCCAGCCUCCAGAAGAUUCUCCUUUGGUGGUGCUAAGCCUUAUACACAAUGCCCACAAGUUGGAACAGUUCCAGAGCAGCCUGACCAAACUGUUGUUCCUUCUCUUGGAGCAGAGAUGAAAAGCCGGGUGCCCAUACUUGGUGCCUCAGUGCCUGACCCUUCCCUACGAGGGAUGGGUUCCCGUCUUCACAGUGCUCCCAACCUGUCAGAUUUGCAUUCCUGUCAGCAGAAGAUAAAGAAGCAGUGUUCAGAUCCUCUGGUUGCUCAUUGCAGCCACAUUCCAGCUGUCCAGUCUGUACAGGCACAUGGACUAAAAACUUGCCGUCCACUGAGGUCUUCCCCAAAGCUCUCUGAAUUCAUGCAGAGGAGCCCCUUGCCAACUAUUUUGGGGUCUCCAACAAAGGUUAUGUCACCUUUUGAGUUCAAUAAAACCCCAAGUUCCCAAAGCCUGCUGACCCUUCUGGCCCAUCAAGGUGUCAUGAUUGCCCCAACAAGGAAUAAGACUCUGCCUGACCUGAAGGAUAUGGGCUAUUUUCACUGCCAGCAAGCAGGGCUAGGUUUGAGGCCUGUGGAAGAAGCAAAGGGCAGAUCAUUUAGCACUGGCCGUCUUACAGACCUCCUUCUCAAGGCUGCUUUCGGGGAAGCUGGUAGCAAUGACAGCUUGAACAAUGAGAAGCCCAUGGAGAUCACAGCCCCUUCUGCUACCUUUGGAGGAACUCUAUGUGCAGCAGCUGGCGAUAGUGAUUCAGCAAGCCCCUCUCCAGUGGUGUUUACUGUUGGAUCCCCUCCCAAUGGGACAACACCACCACAGAUCACCAGGACCAGAAUGUUCUCAGUGGGAUCUUCUAGCUCUCUAAGUUCCGGAGGAUCUUUCAGCGGGCGGCACUUCAUCAUGGGAACUGGUGGGGAUGUGCUUGAAGCCUCAUUGGGUCUCAGAUACACCUUUGCUGACCCCCUCACUGCCAACCUGGAUGGAACAAUUACCUUUGAAGCACCGGAGCUACCUGAGGAGACUCUCAUGGAACAAGAGCAUACAGACAUCCUGCGUAGCCUGCAAUUUACUCUGGCCUUCGUCCACUAUGUGAUGGAAAUUGCAGCCAUUAAAGGCAGUGCCAGUGAGCUCAACAAUUCAUUGGCCUCUGAAUACCAGCUCCAGGAGAACAUUGUGGCCGACCAGAUCAGCCUGCUCAGCAAAGAAUGGAGUUAUGCAGAACAGCUGGUAUUGUACUUGAAGGUAGCAGAAUUAUUGUCCUCAGGCCUGCAGAUGGCAAUAGACCAGAUCCGAACAGGCAAACUGUGUCUUUCUUCCACUGUCAAGCAAAUUGUAAGGAAGCUCAAUGAACUGUAUAAAUCCAGUGUAUCCUCUUGCCACUGCCUGAACCUGAGGCUGCAGAGGUGGUUCUUGGAUAAGCAGAAGCUCAUGGAUCGUAUCAACAGCAUCACAGCCGAGAGGCUCAUAUUCAGCCAUGCUGUGCAAAUGGUCCAAGCUGCAGCACUGGAUGAGAUGUUCCAUCACCGAGAGGACUGUGUGCAACGAUAUCACAAAGCAUUGCUACUGAUGGAGGGGCUUUUAAACAUCAUUUCUGAGCAAGGAGAUAUUGAGAACAUAAAUAAAUGUAAAAUAUGUAUUGAACGCCGGCUUUCAGCUCUGCUGUCAGGGAUCAGUGCAUGAUGGAAAGCCUGCCAUCCUUAUGCCUGCAGGUGAUCAUCUUCUGUCUGUAAAAUUGCCUGCUGCCAAGGAGACAAAGCCUACUUGAGCAGGCUUCUCAGUGACAGUUUUCUCAGAUUACAGCAACCGUUUCCCCCUUCAGACAACAGUGAUGGAAACCUUUUCCGAGAUCAGAUAUCUGUUCUGAAUACACACAUCACUCUCUGUCUUCAGGGGUAACAGUGGAAGUGAUUGCAGUUCUUUCGCCACAAACUGCAAAAACUGUGAAGAAGUACUUGAGGAUUGCCCAGCCCACAUGCCCAUUUGAUGGUCAGUUGCAAAGUAAAAAGAGCAUCAAACUUCUUUCAUGCCUAUUUAUGAAGGAGAGGACUGCUGCAAACCAAAACCAGGCAUGCCUGAGAACUGGAUAUGCUGUGGCUUCGUUGUCCACUGCUGGCAGUGGACAUGUUGGGUUAUUCCCUUCUUGGAGAUGAAGGUGGUUUAUCUUAGAGGGAAUGUCAUUGGACAGCAAGAAUGUCAUUUGUCACAUAGGUGAAUCACAUCCUCAACCUUGCCUGCCAGUAGCUAGUCACUUGGGUGUACUCCAUACCUGUUUGCUCAGUGUCUGUUUAGGCCUCCAUUGUUUAUAGCCUGCAAAGAACAGCAAUUACAUGGCAAGCAGAAAUGGAAUCAUUCCUAGCUAAUCGUUACUCUAGCAGUUAUGGCUUUUUGCCCUUCCAUAGGAAUGCUGCAGAUCUUAAAUUCAAAGAACCACACCUUUACAACAGACAGAAUGCUGAGAUACGGCAGAGGAGGUGUUUUUUCAUUUAAUGUGAGGACAUUGUUAGUUCUGUACGAAAACCCUUUUAAAAUUACAUCUGUACCUAAAAAGAAAUUAGUCUCAAGAAGCCAUAUUUCCUCACCCAAAGGGGAAUUAUUAAGUAUAUGCAUGGCUGUAGCCCUCUUCUGUCAUUGGUGUAUCUGUGGUAUGAGAAACCAUCUUGGCUUCGGGCUAUUUGUCAGAAAAAUAAUAAUCUUUCUGCCCUGACGGGCAGAAAAUGAAAAAGAAACACACACACACACACACACACACACACACACACACUGAAACAAAAGGAGCACUUUAUGGACAAUUUGAACUAGAGCUUUUUGGCAUUUGGCAUCCCAGUGAUCCAAAAAUGUCAUAAUGAUAGGAUGUUCUUCCCUUGCUUCCCCUGCUGAUAUGUUGUUGUUUGUUGAAUUGUGUUUUUGGGGGGAGGGAAGUUGCACUACAAAUGUGUGUGCUUGUACAUAUACACACACACACACAUGCGCAUAUUAAUAUAUAUUAAUGGAGUUAAUAUGUAUUGAUAUGUAUAUGAAAUAACGUGUUGUAUAAUUGUAUGUGUUUUAACUGUACUGUAUCAUAUGCUUGUGAGGAGAAAAGAAAAAUAACAAAUACACAGUCUGUGUUCUCUUCAUGACUAGAGUCACCAGCUAGAAAAUCUUCAGUACCGAGAAUUAACAAGCUUUACAUUUUUAUGUUUUCUCCUUUAUUUUUAUUUUUCUCUUUCUUUUUUAAUAGAUAUUUCGUUCAAAGCUUGGUGCUUUUGGAAUACAUAAGGGCAAGAUCUUGAUGUCAUGCUUGCUUAGAAGUUAUUAUUGUCCCUCUUUGCUGGUUUGGUUUUGAUAAAAACAAAAUCAAUUUAAGCUUCUUCUUUUUUUACCUUCUCAGCAUUUCCUGUCCCUAUCUUUAAAACAAUUAACUAGCCAAAAAGAAAGGAGGCAUGUUACAUGUGUUUCCAUA